UAAUGUGUUAAACAUUCCUAGUAGUGAGGAUGCCAUAUAAAAUCCGACGCUGAAUUAUCCUCUCGUUUAUUAACCAUGCGGCCUGGAAAGUGGGAAUUGCCGUUGCGAAUUGUCAUUAUUCUACAACCGUGAUAUUCGCAAUUCAUCUCUCAAAAUAUAACAGUACAUUGUUUAGAGAACGACCAGUUUAAAGGCGCCAGACCCAAAGUUCGGAAUCCCAAGGAAGCCAAACGUCGGAGGUUUGUGAUGAAACAGGCAAAGACAAUCUCUAAGCCACAACUUUUAGAAAGUGUAUCUGAAACUGAAGAAAGUCAGACAUUGUUGUCAAAACCCCGAGAAUCACAAGAGACACUACAAACGGUAAACAAGAACCAAGAAUUCUUUGGUGUUCGAUCAUACGUUCAUACAUUUUACGAGGCUAUGGCCAUGGACAAUCCGCAAGCUUACGAAGACGUUGGACGCCGCUUUGGAUACACAAUGCCAAUAAGAAAACGACGGAAGCAAGUCUUGUGCUGGAGGGCAAUGUUGUUUUCUGGAAUAUUUAUUAUGAUCAUGGGCCUCAUAGCUAUAUUAGUCGGUUUCCUCGUGCCAAAACGGAAAGAAGUUGUCGACACUCAAGAGGACAUCGAAAUAAUCAAUCGCGCAGACCAAGCGUUCAAUGAAGAUUUGGAUAUUUGCAAAAUUGUUGGAAUUUUUUUAUUUUGUUCAGGAGGUUCGAUGAUUACGGCCAUGCUUUUGAUACUAAUACUGACACGACGAAAUAGAAUAGAUGACCCACUUUCAGCAGAAGAAAUACCCUUGACCAGUGCCGAAGUGUGUCAAGAGCCAGGUCCAAGUACGCCGAUGGAUGUUAAAGUACCUGCCACUGAAGAGCUAACAACUGUACAACCCCGUAGAACAGAUCCGGAGGAAGUUGUGAUGACCAAUACAGGACUGUGUAAAAUACCAUAAUUUAAUGGAAAAUUUGAGAAUUUUGAUGUUUGUUUCAUGUUGGUUUUUGACUCAAAACUUGUAAUCGUAAGUUAUUAUCCUCCUCCAUGUGCUUGUCAUAAAGUCCAAUUUUCGAGUAACAUACAGGGUAUUCUCUGAACAGAAAACGUUUUAAAAUACAUUACGAAAGAAUGAAACAUUGAAAUGAAACUUAUGUGAAUGACUGAUGCAUUGAAGAUAACAGCUAAUUUGUUUCUAAGAAUAAUGAUUAAAAUUAUGCCGGUAAACAGACUUGCGAAUUUUUACCUUAUGACAAAUAACAAAACGUAAGUUCUUGCCCUUUGCCUAUCUACCAUUGUAAAUUUAUUGUAAAUGACAUCCAUAACUACGCAGAAAAAAAACGCUAUAUUAGAUGUAAAUUAUUCACACUGAAUUUCAUCUCUAUAACACAGAUUGUUCUCAGCCAAUCAGAAAAUAAAUUCAGGUCAAAAAUCAAGGAAAAUUCAGACUAAUUAAAAUAAGUAGUAUAAUGAUUUAAAUUUACUUACUGUAUAGAUCAGCGAUUCUUAAAUUUGAGUCCGCAGUAUUUGUUAUUUAAUUUAAUUACUUUAAAAUUCUAAUCCUCUGCAUGUAUUUUUAGAUAGAUCUUUACAAGAAUUUUCACAAUAUUCUAUGAAGAUUAUCUGCACUAGAUAACUAUACGAAAUGAAUUACAUCUGCUUAUCAGCGGUGACGUUCUGUGUCGGAGCUUGCUCCUAUUUAUUAUCUAUUUGCGUAAAAAUGGUGGCAACACAUCUAUAUUCCUGAAAAUUAUUGCCAUAGAUACAAACACUUAUACUCCUUCGAUAUAAGUGACUGCUAUUUCUAUCACUUCCGCCAAUUAUUGGAAUACAUCGUACACUGUCAACAGAUGCAUUUCUGUCGAUGUUCUAGAACGACCGCCUUAAUGCACGGAUAAAGUAUACUCAUAAUCAGGACUUUAUAGCAUCUUGAUUAAGUCAAUCAUAUUCUUUGAGAAUUUUUUUCGUAAUUCUUAGUGGGUUGUGGAGUAAUGGACUCAAAUUUAAUCACAUAUAUUUACUAUGGGAUUUAACUUUGAACAUUUGGUUGGCCAAUUCUUUCUUUAUAUAUAGUCAGUUUGAAGGAAGUGAAUGACGUAUGCAGUCUUACACUGGUAAGCGUUAUUAUCCACAAACAUGAAAUUACGACCAACAGUCACAGGGAAAGGCCUGACAUAAAUAUUAAGAACAUCCUCGCUACAGUGAAUAAUAUUCCAAUUACCUCUCUAGAAGACAUGCAAAUGUGUGGGACGAUUAAAAUUACUCUAGUACACACCAAUAAACUACCGCCUCUAAAGAAUGUUGUUCCCUUCAACUUAAACGGUGAUCCUGUGUUCCUCCAAAAAUUGAUGCUUUUCUCCAAAAAUUGAUGAUCUUUAUCCUCUUGUAAGAUUAAAUCUCAGUUCAUCAGUAAAACGAACAUGGGAACCCUCUUUACUGCAUUAAUGAUAUUUCUAUAAAAGCUGAAAUGAAUUUUGCUUUGAGGAGAAGUGAGCGGCUGAUAAACUGUUUGUGUCCUGGCGUAUGGGUAAUUUCACGAUAUAUAGUUAAUUUUUAUAUGUUUUGAAGAGUUGCUGUCCAGCAGUUGCCUGGUAACAAAAGUUCUAUAUCUGUUUGUUAAUAAAGCUUAAAAACAGUUGUGUUUUGUCACUGUGCACUAAGUAGUUGCUUCGGUCUUGUACGUAAUUUUGCCUCAAUUUCUUUGGCACGAUAUGUCUGAAUAAAUUGCUGCCAGAGCGUGCCAUGAUAUUAUUGUGGGAUAAAUAUGCAAAUUUCUUGCAGUUUGAUCUUAGACUUAUCCUUCUCCAGAAAACUGAAUGAAAAACAGAUACACUUGACAUACAAAAUGAUGUCACCUUGCUUUUUAUUAAUAACGGAAACCUAAUAGCUAGCAGAUAUGUUAUCAGUUGUUUCUUGCCAAUCUCAAUACUCGACUACCAGAUAUAUACGAUGUUUGCAUAAGUUAUUGCGCGGCCUUUAUUUUCGUAACCGUUGAUUGUACACAUAUACUGCUAGUUACAAAAUGUUUUUAAUUAUGCAAAUAUUCAUGUGUUUUUAAAUUUUAAAAAAUUUAAUUUUGUAAAAAUUACAAAUUCAAAUUUUCAAAAGGUAUCUCAGUCUCUAUACUUAUAUUAAGAAACCUUUUUUAGUACUCAUAAAAAAUGAAGCAUAAAACUUUUGACUCUCGUUUGAAAAAGUUUAUUAAGAUAUUUAAUUUCAAAAUUCUGGAUUCGGGACGUAAUUUUCACUUUGGCAAGAACAAUCAUUUAAUAAAUAAAUUUAAAUAAUUUGAAGUUGACUAAAUAAAUUAGAAUAAUUGCUUUUUCCACAAAAAUUCUAUUCGAUGUUAUUUUAUGAUUUAUUAGGGUGUAACGUUUUAUACUUUGUAACUUCGCUAUACAUGAUUUGCUUAAUAUAGUUUCAAACAAGUAAUUUAUACAAAAGAGAUGUAUUUUAAAAAUAUUUAAGUAGAAAUAUUCUGAAUUUUAAAUUUAAUUUAAACUUCUGAAUAUUUCUACUUCUGAAUACUUCUACAAAUGAAUUAUGUAAUAAUAAUAAAGCAUAACAGUGUUUUCUUUGACAGGAUUUCUAUGAUUUUAUUCACAAAAGAUGUAAUUAAGAUCAUCUUUUAUUUUCUGUCAACAUUAGAAACCUUUACUUAACUGAUAUUUUAAUUUUAGUUACAUGUGAGUGCAAACAUUUCGCUCUUCAAUUCGUAUACGGGCCCAAAUAUCUCGGUCAAUUUUUAGCGUACGGAAAUUAUACUACAUGUAUUUUAUUUAUUCAUAAUAAGUAUAAAACUUUCCUAAAUAUAAGUUUAGGUAUCAAGCGACUGUUUACAAUUAAUUGUUUUUAGUUUUAGUUUAACUUUUUAAAACUAACUAUAACUGUUAAAUUAACUGUUCUGUAACUGUCAAUUGUAAAAAUUAAAACUGUGUUUAGUUAAUUAAUAAAAAUUUUAACUUUCUUUUUAAUUUAAAGAUGCCAAAAUAUGAAUAUUUGCAUCACUUAAAAUACUUUUUAAUUAUAAGAGUAUACAUCUACGACUUUGGUGAAAUAAAAGCUGCAUAAGAACUUUUAUGGACAUGAUGUAUAAAUGUUCCUUUACCUGAACGUUUAUGACGAAUAAUGAAGGCUUCAAUAUUCUCAUAUAUUAUGCAGUUUUAGGAAAAUACAAAACACAUACUUCGAACUUUAGUUUUAUAUAUAUCUGUAUUGCUGCUAAAAGACUUUUCUAGCCAUGUGGUUAAAACAAGGUUACUGAUACAAAUUUAAUAUCGAACAAGAAGAACACAUACACUUUUUCAAACAUUGAAUUAGAGUUUGGAUCAUAGUGGCAAUGAAGCAGCGUCAUCUUUCCUAUACGGAACAAAUAAUAAAUAUAUUUUACUUAUUUAUUAUUUCAUGAAAAACGAUGGAAUUAUAUAUCUUUUCCUUUCUAAUACUUUUUAAAAAGGCUAAAAUUCUAAAUUUAUAAACCAAAUCUUAAAUUCUAAUAAUUUUCAUAGCGAAACAUUGGUAGUUUACAUACAUAAAUACAUUUUCUUUUUUAUGCUAAGCAAAUUAUAAAAUUAAUAGUUUUAGUUCCCAGCAAAAUGCACAUUAUGGUGAAAGAUUCCUCGAACUCAAUGAAUUAAAGAGCCGCUGAUCUAUGCCAGAAGCGCCUAAUAUACAGAGUCUUGAAAUGCCCAAUUUGUCAGAGUUUAAUACGUUUUCAUGUACAUUUACUUACUUACUUCUGCGUAUCUUUAUAAUUACAAAAAUUAAUUUUUAUACAUACUUAGAUAUUGAGCGUAAGGGUUAACCAUACAACAGUAGCUCUGAAAUGUUUCUUAAAUGUUCAUAUCUGACUCAUUUUUCAUCCUUCAGAGUACUUUAAGGCAGAGAAGUUUAUCUUACUAUCUACAGUGCCUAUGAAAAUAAUCACAGAUUAAAAAUAUUUAUUUCAUUCUAAAAACGCAAUCAAACAAUAUCGUCGCUUUUUUCCCCACUAUCAGUUUUUAAAUAGUAAACGAGACACACUCUCAAGAUAAUUUAACAAUCCACGAUGUAUAGAAAGUUGCUGAGCUUUCUUCCAAAGUACUAGACAUUUGUUAGCACUAUUAUUACGUUUCUAUAUAUAUUAUAAUAUGCUUCUUAAUUUUGAGCGUUGUUCAAGUUGCCUCGAUGCUUUGUAAUCCGGUGAUGUAAAGCAAUGACUUCUUCAGCAGCAUUAAUUUCAAAAGAAUUCAUUAGCAAAACUGCUACAUUUCGCAAUCAAGCAUAUGUAUUUUGGAGUGAAAGAACUAUAUAGAUUUUGAGAACGUCGGAAAGAAAACUCUCUGACGCUUAAAAACAUUUCUGACUCCUGGCUCCUACUCCGGUCACUUUACCUAACCCAGUAUUUCAGAUUAUAUAAUUCUCAAAUACAAAAAAGUGCAUUAUAAAUUAAAACAGGACUAUUAUUGGGAAAAAAAUCACAAAAUUAGAAUAACUUUUAACAUGCUUCAAACUGUAUCAAAAACUGUUAUCACAAUCUAAUAAUAAUCAGCUGUAUUUUGAACCCACAGGUUUCCUGCAUUAUUGCAAUUUCCUUUUAUUAUUACAGGUCCCUUCCAUGAGAACUGCAAUCCAAAGUAUUUUCAAAUACAGUUAUCAAAAUACUUCAAAAGGAAGCAGCUUUAUACAGAGGAAGUUAUCAAAAAUGAAUAAUUAUGGCUGUAUAUCUUCGGUAGUUUCAUUUCAAGAUUUGAAUAAUUGGGGAGAAGAAGUAUAAGAAAAAAUUUUCAUUACGUAAAUGUGAACAAAAUAAAGGAUUUGCCUAUUUCUAUGAAAUAUGUAAUACCCCAAAGAGAAGCUUAAAUUUUUUUAAUUUAAAAUCGGACAGGCUAGUAAAAAUAAGGCCUUUCAAAACUAUUUUAACUUCAUCAUGCCGCUUAAUACGAUCUUUUUAAUAACUAGAGCAUGAUGAAUUUCAAAAUUUGAGAGUAAUAAAUUUUAAAGUUUUUUCUCCAAAUCCAUGAAAACUGGUUUUUUUUUCAACAGGCAUAAACUCUUGAGCGUAAUUAACUAAAUUGCUUGGUGCAUUUGCUCUGCUAAAAUUAAUUUUUAUUACUUCCUUCCUACCCUUUUGUUUUUAAGUUCCAAAAAUAUACGCUUAAUACCAACUAGCCACGCUAAUUAAUGCAUUGAUAAUAAAAGAUGGUCCAAAAAUGUGCAGUUAGAGUAUGAAAACCAUAAAAAGUGAACUGCACAGGAAUAUUUAAAUCCCAACAUACUAUAAACUAAUCAAUGUGAUUAAAUUAAAAUAAUAAUAAAGUUUACAUACAUUUUCAUAUUUUUUCCUUAAAAAACUAUCAACAUCAAAGAUCAGUUUUUUUUUCGAGCCAUAAAUUAACGUAUUCCUUUCAAGACUCAGUAAUGAAAUUAUACGUCGGCAAUUUCUCCCAGAACGUCAUAAUUUUUCUUAUUAUUAUCAUUUUACCAAUGUAAGAAUAUCUUGUUGAAAUACAUGGAUAAUCCUCAAACGGAUGAUGUGAAGCUCGCUGCAUUCAAAUUUUAGCAUUAUUUGCUGUAUUACAUUACAUUCAAAAGUAAAGUUGUGUACAAUCGUCUGUUUAUAAUCCCUUUACUGUUUUAAAUGCGCAGUAAGGCAAAUGACAUACAGCAUGUCUCAAAAAAUGCAUAUGCACUUCGAAUGGUAAUAAAGUCAGGAUUUUUAAAAAUAAGGUUAUUUUUGAAAUUCAAAAAAAUCUGCAGUAAGGAAUAUAUUUCUGCAAACGCCUUUUUUAAAAUACAGCCUCAUUGUCUCAAACAUUCUACCUUAAAAGCUGUGCCAUCCUCUGCACAUCUUGCCAAAUAGCACUAGCAAAACUGCAUUCUUAGAUCCGAAUGAUCUUCAGUGACAGCAUGGAUUGUUUAGAAUUUAUUGAUGAAGGCGCUUCAAAAUGCAAUGGAUUAAUGAUUUUGAAAUUCUCGUUUUACGACCCUCUUCCUCCACAAGUUUUAUUUAGUUUUUGGUAAGAGGUUUCUAUUGAUAUUGACGUUUCUUGCAUCGUAGGACACGCUGAUAAACGCAAUCUUAGAAAACAUUUUUGUGAAGAUUCAUGAACAGUUCCAUCUUCUUCAGAUUUCUCUACAAGUUGAGUCGUGUUGGUGAAUCAGUUCGAAACACUCCCCUUUGCAAUUUUAACAGCAUUUUCAAACUUUCAGUAACAUUUAUGUUAAAUUUUUCUAACUCCAUUAUUUUAAAUUGGUUAAAUUCGAAAAGAGAGAAAAUUAAGUGAAUUGUCAGCUAUUAAAGUGUGUAUAUGUUUUCGGAACACCAUGUAUAUUGUGUCGUUUCUCCUUAAAAAGUAGUAUUUGAAAAAUCUUUAGAACUUUUUUAAUAUUUUGCAUUUGUUAAAAAUACAUUUUCCUUACAAUCCUCAUUUUCAAUGUAUGCCUACUUCCCCAAGGUGCUUAUUUCCAAUAGCAUUUUCGUGAGUAAUACAAUCUCGUUACGUCGCUAAACAUAAAUGUUUUAUUUAUGUAUUAUUAGAUAGAUGUGUGUCUAUAUGUAUGUAUAUUGUAAAUGUUCGAACAAUACAAUCCAUAUUAUGAAUGUUUACAAAUUAAUUUCAAACAUAAUAUUUAAUUAUUGGAUUAUAAAAUAUUAUAGUACACAAAGUGCAUUACUAUGACAAUAAAAAUCUGAUUUUCUUCUUCAAAGCUAUAUUUUAAUGUCAUAGAAAAGUGAUUUUUGUAAUAACUAAUCUACAAUUAUUACAUUGGAGACAAUAAAACUUUGUCAAAUAAAGUGCAAAGAUAUAUACUCAUCAUAA